AUGGUAUCCUUUGUACAGCCUCCGGUCCUAUACGGAUUUGACCCGGAGAUCCAGGAGGAUCACCCCUUCGACAAUGUCUGGUCGGCUGGAUUUGUAGCCAAAAUCUACACCAAUGAGCAACACAACGAGGUCAGGCGAUUCAUGGUGGAUUCGUCGGCCAUGCAGGAGCUCAAGUAUGCCAACAACGUCUUCGUGCUUUUCAGGGCCCUUCGCCGGUGUGGUGAAUUCUGGGGUCAACCAGAGUUUUGGAACGCCAUGGCUAGAGGUUAUAGUACCAAACCCAGCUAUGUCAGAGAACUGGUCUACAUGCUUGUGGAUGCUCGCAAAACUGCUCUCCAAAGGAUGAGACGUGUUCAUAACUCACCCACUACCCACGUUGUCGAUGAGUUCAUUGCCUGGCUCGACCAGUACGGGCCUCAGCUUACCAGCCAAAACGCCGGCAGAUUGACGGAUCCAUUACUUUUUUCCACUGCAAGUGGUUUCUUUAACGACAUGAGAGGAACUCUAAUCAAUUGCAACAAUAUCCCAACCUUCGUCAUUGGGAAACCUCCGAGACGAGCACGUAUCUUGGAGGCCCAACGGAGCGUGCCUCGUGCUUCUCCUCAAGUUCCCCUUGACUCCCAAAGGCAACCGAACCAAAUUUCGCCGACUCGCUCAAGAACGCCCCCCACGAUGCCCGUCAAGGCCGAACCGCGAGGUACGGGCUGGGAGUUCCUGUUGGAACCAAACAGGAAAUCCGAGCAACAACCGGUACCGCCGCGCAAGCGCUCAGGCUCACCCUUCGCCCAAGACGACGUUCACCCGACCAAACGGCACCACAGCUCCGGGUGGUACCCAGAGCAACACUCAGCACCCCAACAUUGGCAUCCAGACAACAACAGGUCUCCCUUACGACAGUCAGAUAAGGAUGAGUACCAUGGAUGGCAUCAAUCUGGAGAACGUCUGCCACCACUAGGUCCGCGCUCUGAAGAGGCAUUCCUGUUUCGGCCGCCUACCGCGCCCCGUGCUCAAUCCCAGCUUGAGAGGCAGCAUGGUCACGAUCAGCAGAGAUCUGAUCAACAACGGCUCAAGCAGCAGCAAAUGGAGAACCAGAAACUCAGGCAGCGGCAAGUCGAAGAGGAGAGGCUCAAGGCGCAGAAGAUCAAGGAGCGUCGGCUUGAGCUACAAAAGCUCGAACAAGAAAAGCUCAGACUUGAAAGAGAGCUUCAAGAGCACCAAGAGUUGUUGGAGAAGCAGCGGCUCGAGCAGCAGAAGCUGGAUCAACAGAAGCUUCAGGAGCAAGCGAGGGUCAAAGAAUUCAAAAAAAGGGCCGACAUUCCCGGACUGCGACCUUCACCGCAUCCGUCCGUCGUGUCUUCGGAUGAAGAAGUUGCUGGGUGGAAAGAGAUGGUUUCCACACUCGAGAAGAAACUGGCGGAUACUGAAGGGCAGCUUAAGGCGGCUGCCGUGAUUCGGCCGCUUGAACGAAGCAUUAGCAAGUUCCAGUCGGAUGUUAGCGGUCUCCAUGGAGAUAUGAGCACCCUCUUCGACUCGUUCCAGGUUAUGGUGGACAGAAUGGCCUUCAUACAGGACGACAUCAUGUGCAUCAAGGAGAAUUUCCAAAGCAAAGAGCGGCAACACAAUGGCAUUGCAGAGUUCUCCGUUUCCGUAGAGGAUGUUAAGACGAGCGUCGCACUGGUGCUCAGCGAAAUAUCCGACCUCCGUCUGCAGCACCAGCAGCUGGAAAAGAGGGUAGCGGCAACACCUCUUAGGACUGCUCCGUCUAGGGACUCGGAAGCGCUGAUGACUGCCCUGGCUGCCAUCUCGCAAAAGGUGGACGCUUUGAACAAUGAGGUGUCCGAUCUGAGAAAGGAAGGCCAAGCGCAACGGGGAAUUGCCUCUCCGCCUGCCACGAACGCAGGCGACCUCAAAGAUAUCAUGGGUGUCGUAAAGACGAUAUCUGAUAAUGUCGACCAGCUCAAGAAUGAAGUGAUGGACUUGAAGGAGGAGCGUGCUCGGAUGAAUGACACAGCCGACUCAUCAGCAAGCAUCAGCGUUUCCGUCGACGCUGAGCUAAUCAAAGCACUGUUCGGGGAACAGAAAGCUCUGAUUCAGAGUCAGAGCCAAAAACUGGACAGAAUGGCGAAGGAGAUUUCGAGUUUACAAGCUCAGGUGUAUGCUUCUGGUAGGACUCAGCCCCAACCGAAGAGCUUGAAGCAGGCCAUGGCGGCUGCAGAAAAAGACUUGCAGCACCAUCUCAUUACGAUGCAGAAUUACCGGAACAAGAUGGCCGAGCGAGGGAACCCUCCAUCGACGGUCGUAGCGAACAUGGCCGAUAUGUGUCAGACGUUGGAAGAGUGCAUCCAGUAUUCCAAGACCGGACAAAAGUAA